AUGAGCGUUAUUGCAGCAGAUAUCGACGUGUACAGGUUCUCUGAUACUUCUGGUGUGGUUCAGCGGCCGGAUACCAUGCGGGGGCUGUCGCAGUUAAUGAGCAUCGAAGCCUUUGGUGCCAAGGAUGCACUAGAGAACGUGGCCGAGAGCGAACUAUGCACACUCAUGCGCUUCUGCGUUAAUGUGAAGGAGCAGAACGUUGCUUUCUUCUUGCAUAGUGCCGCCACGGAUAAUGAGGAAGAGGUUUCGUUUCUGGCGAGGUACAGGCAGGUUUCACACGUCGCACUGACGCGCUGCAAGUAUCUGCUGUACCGCCUAGAUGGGCCCCGCACACAGGUAAUGAGCGAGAAUGGCUAUAUCCCGUUGGUGGACUUGCAGCAACACGCAGAACGCACAAACAAGGAUACAAUUGUUCAUUACAACCUGGGCAUUCGUAGCGCUCAGGGUCUGCGGCGCGUUGCACUUGGUGCGCAAUCGUCUGCGCAACUCGCAGAGCUUAUUGACAGGCUGGAAGUGUCAGACAGUCGUCUGAGUGGGAACACACUUUUAGUUGAUAUGGUACACCAUUUGUCUCACAAGGCGGCAGCAGGCAAGGUGUCUCUAACCCUUCGCGAAGUGAAUACGGUUCUGCCUCUACUAGCACGAAUGCGACGCGAGCAACCGACAGGGAUGAUGGAUUCCCGCUUCAAUCGUCUGCUAGCCGUCAUUGAGACAGCUAUUGGAACAGCGAUGCAAGAAAAACGUUCUGUAGAGGAACUGGUUGAUCUUGUAGAGGGUCUUGCAGCCUGUGACAUAUUACCCACCACUUUCAAGCAGGUGGAGAUGGUGCUGCUGCGUUUGAUGUUGACGCAGACUUGCAGUGUGGUGCAUGUGACUCGUAUUCUCAGGGCAUUAUCGUCUCUGUUGAAGUCUGGUGUGUCGCAGGUGUUGUUGCAGUCAGCCGCUUCCCAUGCCACUGAUUUUGCUAAAUCCAAUGGCUCUGUUGGAAGCAGCGAGGCAGAGCAGCUGAUCGAGUUGUUGGAAGCCCUUGGAGCCUGCAAGUAUGAAGCCCUUCCAGGGCUUAUCGUAUUUUGCCGAGCGAACUGCCUCACAGAAGAUGUGCAGCUUUGUUUAAAUGGACGCUGCGGCUACGCAUCACUCCUCGCAUCCGCCGCUGCCGCUAUGCAGCAUGAGGACGAAUCAUUUUCUCAGUGCCUGGCGAACGAGAGUCGUCAUCAUUUUAUUGAAUACGCUCGGGUCAAGCAAGAAAAGGAUGAGAAUCGUUUCGUAGAUUGCAUCCAUGGACUAGUCACCGUUGGGUUUGGGGACGCUGCAUUAAGCGACGACACGCGGCGGGCAUUGGCAGCUUAUCUUGGCAGCACCUGUCUCACACCUGAGCGGUGUGGUGUGAUGCCUGCGGUCGUCGUUGCUAGUUUGCUAGAGGACCUCUUGGAAUGGUGCGCAAUAACGGCGGUGCCAACAGAAGCAGUCAUUGCCCCCUUGGAAGCCGCACUUAUCGCAAGGUUCCGUUCCUCCAGUAUAACAGCAGAUGCAGUAGAGUCAUCUGAGGAGUUAGCCGAGGCCGCCUGUCGCGUGGUGAGCCUGCAGCACGUGUCGCAAGAUUUGCGCAAAGUGGCUGCGGAGGUGCUUGGGAGCGCUAUUCUGCGCGCCGAGGCGGCUGCUGACGUGCAGAGGCCCGUAGCGAAGCCCAGCCAAUCCUUCGAGGUUGUGGCGCUUUCCACAGCUGAGCAGGAACAUAAUCACAUGAAUACUGUUCUGCGUUACUGCGCCGCGCUGCAGCAAAGCGGGAUGGCCAAACACGUUGAGGAGUUGAUGGUGUAG